GGGGUAGAUACCAAAAAGAAGACGACACACGGGAAAGGGUACAGGACGUGUACGGGGAGAUCAGGACUGUGGACACAUGGUGUGUGUGGGGGGGGGGAUGGCUUUAUGGGGCAGGGAUGUUGCAGGAGAUAUAGGAAUGUCGAACUGUGCUUAGUUGUAGGGGAAAGUCACUUGUGGGCCAUCUGUGUGUAGGGACCAGGGACUGAAUUUGGCACAGGGGUGUAUGGAGAGAGGCACAGACAAGGAUCUGGGAAAGAAACAGGGCGAGGUGGCGAAAAAGCCGUAUGUCGAAAGAAGAAGGAGGUGUUUGGAAGCAUUGCUUCUUUAGAUAAGAAUGCUGUUGGAUGCCUUCGGUCCCUCUGUUCUGGUAAAGAGGAUUUCGAAGCAGCGUUGAGUAUCUAUAUUUAUUGUCCCAGCCCAGUUCCUCGAAAAUACAGCUGACAAUUGAGCGCAGCCCAGCAGCUGCCUAAGAAAGAGACUUUAUAAGCUAUAAGGCACAGGCUUGGAAAGUUGAAGAAAAUGGCCACCGCAGUGGAUAUUGGAUUGGCUCUCACCGAGCAGAGCCAAGGGGAGCCAGCUCCGAAGGAGGCCGAUGGGCUGCCCAAUGUGGUGCAUUGUGGGACCAUUGAGGAGCUGCUCCACCAGAUGGUGCCGCAGCAGGCGCACUCCAGGGCACCCCAGUGCUGGGAGGAUGCCUGGCAGCAAGUGUUACAGGCAGUGGGCACCACAUCUUUGCCACACCUUGGUGAAAAGCUGCAAACUCAAGCUGCUGAUGGGCCUGUGAAGAAUUUAGAGCCGGCGGGUGCAUCUGAAGAACUUGGCAAAGGCGUUGGUGCUCCUGUUGAGGCCUUCCCAAGCAUGUCUCUUCCACUGAUGAACACGUGGGUGCUUCACCUCCACCGUGAGGAUGAUAUCGAAGCCUACCUAGAGGCCUUUGAAUGGACGGCCCAGGAACACUGCUGGCCCAGGAAAGAGUGGCUAGCCCGGCUCAAACCAUACCUGAAUGGCAAAGCCCUCCUGGCCUGCAGCGUCUUGGAGCGUGAGUCGGCUCACAUAUAUGAUGUAGCCAAGGGGAGCAUCCUGCAUCAGUAUGGCAUCACCACGGAGACACAACGCCAGUGCUUCAGGCGGUUUCGAUACCAGGAGACCAAGGGCCCCCGGGAAGCCUGCCGGAAGCUCCAGGCACUCGGGCAACGCUGGCUACAGCCCGAGAAGCACACCAAAGAACAGAUCUUGGAGCUACUGAUCCUGGAGCAGUUCCUGGCUAUCCUGCCGCAGGAAAUGCAAAGCUGGGUCAGGGAAUGUAGCCCUGAGACUUGCGCCCAGGCGGUGGACCUUGCUGAAGGUUUCCAGCUGGGAAAUGAGCCGCCAGUGCCAUUCAAAGAUGUCUGCGUGAAGUUCUCCAAUGAAGAGUGGGCCUUCCUAACAGAGGAGCAACGAGCAUUGUAUCGUGACGUCACGCUGGAGAAUUUCCAGAAUGUGUCCACCUUGGGAGUUCCUCACGAGAAACCUGAGAUAAUGGCUCAGAUACAGCAAGGGGUAGAACUGUGUUUUCAGAGUGAUACCAUGACAGAAACUGCUCCAAAGAGUCAAUUCACAGGAAAUUUUCUGUUUCCAAACUUUAAGGACCAGGCGACGGAAAAGAGGCCUCUUUCGAAAAGGGCCAGCAUGGCACAACAUGAACAGGCCACGGUAACAGAAGCAACUGGGGAAUGUUCGGGCCCAGCGGGAGCAUUCGGGGGUCCCAGCCCUGAGGAACAGCCUCUGAACCAGGGAAACCCGAAGAUGGCCCCGGCCAGAACGCGCCCCAAGAAAAGGCAAGCGUCAGCCCCAAAGGGUCAACCCCGGCAAAGGAAGAAACGGCCGGCAACGCCAGGCCAGGCCGCCCCCGGGAAAAAGUGUCCUCGGCCGUCGCUGCCGGGGGAAACCUCCGGAGGAGGGCAGGGUUCCGGCAACCCCACUUCGACAGCCCAGCCCGGCAAGAGGAAGAGGAAGCCAGAGGCGCAGGAUAGGCCGCCGAAGCUGAAGAAGCAGCCGGCGUCGGUGGGGAAGCCCCCCAAGCUGCGGAAUAAAGCGGAGGCUGCGGGCGAGCCCCCCAAGCUGGAGAAGGAGCCGCCUUUGCCCGAGAGGAAAAGGAGUCCCCGCCAGCAGGAGAAGCGGCCGCCGCCGCCGCCGUUCCUGCUGCUCCAGGCGACCAUCCACGAGGCGGCGGCCUUGCCGGUCAUCACGUGGCACCCUCCGUUCAGCGCCACGGUGGUGCCGGACCUGACGUGCGCGGAGUGCGGGCGCGCGUUCAAGCAGCGGGCCGACCUGCGGCGCCACCACUUCGUGCACACGCGCGAGAAGCCCUACGCCUGCACGCUGUGCGAGAAGCGCUUCCGCCACCCGAGCAACCUGCACAUCCACCUGCGCACGCACAGCGGCGAGCGGCCCUACCAGUGCCCGGACUGCGGCAAGGCCUUCUCGCAGAGCUGCAACCUGCGCACGCACAGCCAGAUCCACAGCGGCAGCAAGCCCUACCGCUGCUGCGUGUGCGCCAAGGCCUUCCGCCACAGCUCCAACCUCACCAUCCACCAGCGGGUGCACACGGGCGAGCGGCCCUACCCCUGCUCCGCCUGCCCCAAGCGCUUCAGCGACCGCUCCACCCUGGUGCAGCACGAGCGCACGCACACGGGCGAGCGGCCUUACGCCUGCCACGUGUGCGAGCAGCGCUUCAGCCAGGUCUCCCACCUCGUCAAGCACAGCCGCGUGCACCCGGGCGCCAGGGGCCCGCCCAAGCCCACCGGGGCGCUCGCCGGCCUGAGCCCCGCCAAGAGCUGCUUCCGGCAGGCCGACGGCAAAGGCGCCUUCAGGGUGACGGCGGCCAAGCCGGACCCGAGCCUGGCCUGGAUCUCCAAGACGUGGGUUGCCUCCUCCAAGGCUGCUGCCGCUCCACGGGACUGCGCCGCCACGUAGAA